AUGAACGCAUCAUACAUCUUUGCCGCCUUCUUCGGCAUCUUCGCCUGCGCUGUGCAGAACGUAAGCUGCAAGCGUGCCAGCGGUUUCGAAAAGAUUGAGAAGGGACCCAAAAGAGUGCUAUUUGUAGGCCAUCCCAUGAUCGAUGUUUACGCGUCGGUGGACUAUGAAACUGUUGAAACAUUGAACAUCGCCAAGGGUGAAUCGCAGGGCAUCACGCCGGAAACGUUCAAAAAGCUCGGCGAUCUUGUUACCAUUCAGGCCCGCAAUGCUGGUGGGUCAGCUUGUAACACCGCUCGCGCUUUUGGUUACCUCGGUGGUAAGGUUUCCUUCUAUGGCCGUGUUGGUGAGGAUGAUGAGGCUACGCUAUUCAGCGAAACUUUGGUAAACUACGGUGUUGAAGACCUCACUCUUCGCGUUCCUGGUAAAUUCACCUCCCAAUUGUACUCGCUUGUUACGCCUGACGCCGACAGCACAAUGUACUUGUUGUUCGGUGCGUCGCACACGAUGACGCGUGACGAUCUGGAUGAGAGCAUCAUGGACAACUACGACUACUACGUGGUGAACGGAUUCAUGUUUGCUGAUGAGGAGCAGGUGGCGCUGACUCACAAGAUGGUUGAAGCUGCUAUUAACCGCGGCAAGGGUGUGGUCACUCUUUUCGCCAACAGCUUCUGCAUUCGUCGCAAUGGCCAAUAUUUGAAACCCAUUGCUGAGGUGUCUUCUUACAUAGCUGGUAACCUUGAGGAAUACUCCGCGUUGUAUGAAACGUCUGACCGUGAAGAAUUGUUCCGCAUGUUUGAAGAGCGUACCGCUGGACUCUACCCUCAACACAAACUUGUGAUCAUCACUAUGGGCAAGGAGGGAGCCAUGCUUGUAUACAAGGGUAAGCGCUACCACGUGCCUCCGUGCAAUGUGGACGUCGUUGACACGACUGGUGCCGGAGACUUCUUUGCUGGAUCGGUUCUGUAUGCUGCCAUGAACGGUUAUUCGAUGAAGAAGGGUGGUAAAUUUGCACACGCCUUGGUGGGCGAUGUCAUUUCGCGCAUGGGUAUUAGCAUCAGGGAAGAGACCCGCCCUGUGAUCGAGGAGAUCAAGGAGUGCCUUUCUCUUUGA